GGGCAGAGAAAAAAAGCAAAGUGGCUUCUGUGGAUCGAUCUUAAUUUUCGAAUUAUUUCGUGUGUAACUAAUACUACUUGGUGUUCCGGCGUUCAGAUCAGAUCCCCAAAUCAUCUUUGAACUUUAAAGGUUGAGAUCUAACGGUCCAUGUGACCCUCGAGGCUUAGCAUCACCGUCCAUUUCAAUAAGAAAACCGGGAGGAUUACACAUGCACGGUGCACCAUACUGGUGAUUCACACGGCACCUGAAGCACCAAGAAACAGAAAAUCGAAAAACAAGAACCAAAGGAAGCUCUUAGAUUGGAUCGUCGUCAACAAUGUUCUCUCGAUUAUUCAACAAAUCACCACCGGAACAACAUCCUCAGCAGGACGUGGUGCACGACAGUGUUCCGUCGGCGAAUUUCGAUCCGCAAGUUGUUUUUCACUAUGGCGUUCCAUCUACCGCGUCUAUUCUUGCUUUUGAUCACUUCCAAAACCUAUUAGCAAUGGGAACACUCGAUGGAAGGAUAAAGGUGUGCGGUGGCAACAAUAUUGAAGGGAUUCUGAUCUCUCCCAAGCAAGCACCCUUCAAGAAUUUAGAGUUCUUGGAAAACCAAGGUUUCCUUGCCAGCGUCUCAAACGAUAAUGAAAUACAGGUUUGGGAUUUAAAAAGCAAACAAAUUGCUUCUGCCUUGCAGUGGGAAUCCAUCAUAACUGCUUUCUCUGUUAUUUAUGGCACCAGUUACAUGUACGUUGGAACUGAGCAUGGGAUGGUAUAUGUGUUGAUGUUCGAUUCUGAAGACAGAAAAAUUAAAAUAUUGCCCUAUUAUGUUCCCACAAAUGUUAUAUCUGAAGCAGCUGGAAUGUCACUUGAUCAGGUUUCAGUUGUCAGAGUUCUCCAUCAACCAUGUUCUGAUGGAAACAGAUUUCUAAUUGCAUAUGAAAAUGGUUUGAUGGUACUCUGGGAUGCUUCUAAAGAUCGAAUUGUUCUCAUGAGAAACCACAAAGAUAUCAAAUUAAAGAGAAAAAUCGUGGCUAGUUAUCUAAAUGGCCCUAGGCCUCAGCUUUCUAAUGAUAAACUAGACCAUGAAGAGCAGGAAAAGGAGAUAAGCUCUCUAUCUUGGGCAUCUAAUGAUGGAUCAGUUGUUGUUGUUGGUUAUGUCGAUGGUGAUAUAAUGUUUUGGGAUUUGUCAAGUGCUGACUUCCCCAAAGAUCAACAAGUCAAAACAUUGUCGAAUGAUGUUGUCAAGCUUCAAUUAUUGUCAGCUGACACAAGACUCCCUAUUACUGUUCUACAUUGGUUGGCCAAUAACAAAGGGGGGAAACUUUUUGUCUAUGGUGGCUGUGAGAUUGGGUCUGAAGAAGUUCUGACGGUUUUGAGCAUUGAUUGGUCCGGUGGACUUCAAAAUCUAAGGUGUACCGGCCGCAUUGAUGUUACUCUUCAUGGUUCUUUUGCUGAUAUGGCCUUGUUAUGUCGUGAUUGCCAUACUGAGGGAACUUGUAAUGUGCUAUCUGUAUUGACAAGUCCUGGACAACUGGAUAUUUAUGACAAUGAUUGUCUGUCUUCUUUGAUGUCCCAGAAAGAAAAGAAGACUUCUGUUCCCACAGUGCAGUAUCCCAUCCUCGUACCCACUCUUGAACCACACAUGACAACUUCAAGGCUUGAUGUGGUAUGUCAAGAUGUAAAGUCAUUUAAAGCCUUGUUCAAGAUUCUUGAAGCUGGAAAGCAUCAUUCAAUACAAAAUCAGAAAAGUAUUGGUACAAAGUGGCCUUUGACUGGUGGUGUUCCAGGUCUUCCUUUCAAAGAAAACCAUCCUAUCAUUCAAAUAUACAUAGCUGGUUACCAAGAUGGAUCUGUUCAGAUAUGGGAUGCCACGUAUCCUGCUUUGUCAAUUGCUUACAAUAUAAAAUCUGAGGUUGGUGAUGUUAAAAUUGGCAAUGCAAGUGCGUCAGUAUCAGCAUUGGGCUUUUGCCCUGAUACUCUACAUCUCUCUGUUGGUGAUGAAAGUGGUGUUGUACGUCUAUAUGCUCUAAUAAGAAGCUCAAAUACCACAUCUGUGCACUUAGUGACAGAAAAUGGAACUGAAGUUCAUGACAGGCAUCAAGGGGAUGGACCUAAUUGCAAAGCUGUGUUUACCCUUCAAAAUUCUGCUGUAUACGGCUUACAAUUUGCAAACCAUGGAAGAAGACUUGUUGUUGGAUAUGAACAUGGGCAGGUGGCUAUGCUUGAUAUAAGUUCAUCAACAGUUUUGUUUCUCACGAAAACUGAAUCUAACACUUCUUCGGCAGUUGUUUCUAUGAAUGCAAUAUUUAAAGACAGUAGCUCGAGUAAUACACAGGACUCUGUAUCUGAUAUUUCUGACAAUCCUGGAAUGGGGCUAGUCUAUGUUGUGACAAGGGAUGCACACUUUGUUGCAAUAGAUGCUGUGACAGGGAAUAUAGUUUGCAGUAGGACCACUAGCCCCAGAAUAAAAUCAAAUGCAAUUUCAAUGUAUAUUAUAGGCAACACUUAUACCCUACCAGCUGAAAAAUAAUCCCCCAACUCGCCUCAGAAGAGUGAUUCUGCAAUGCAAGCAAACGUCAAAUCUGAAAAUGCACAACUUGAAGUUGAAAUUGCUACUACCGUAGAAAAUUCAUAUUUUGGGCAGAUAUUAUCGAACUCACUCAUUUUACUUUGUUAUGAGAGCGAAUUGAGCAUACACACUUUAAAUUUUGUGUUUGAGGGUAGUAGUAACUACUUCCGCAAGGUGGACCUUGUUCAACGAUGCUGCUGGACUACAAUCUUUAAGAAAAAUGAAAAAGAGUGUGUUCUGGUUCUUCUGUAUCAAAGGGGGGACAUUGAAUUAAGGUCCUUGCCAGCUUUGGAAGUGUUAGGAGAAAUUUCUUUAAUGUCAAUACUCAGAUGGAACUUGGAAAUUAACAUGGAGAAGACAAUAUGUUCUUCGUCAAAUGGAAAAAUUAUCCUGGUCAAUGAGAAUGAAACUGCCUGCAUAUCACUAUUGAACUGUGAAAAUGAGCUCUGGAUUCCAGAGUCUUUUCCAUGUCUUCAUGAUGAAGUUCUUGCAGCUGCAGUAGAUGCCACAGCAAGUCUAUCUCAAAACCAAACUGAAAGACAGGGAGCAUCUGGCAUCUUUGUUAAUAUAGCUAAGAACUUUAAAGCGGGGAUAGCAGAUCAGAAUGCAAAUCAAGCAGUUCAAACUAAUAGAUUGGAAAAUUUGAAACAAUUAUUCUCUAGUCCUCCUUUCUUAAAGUCUUCCUCAAGCACAGUAGAUAACCAAGAUCCUUUUUCCCUUGACAUAGAUGACAUUCAAAUUGAUGAAGUUGUAGUCUUUUCAUCUCCAAAGAAAAUCGACAUUGACAAGAGAGAUAAAGAGAAAGAAACAGACAGACCGAAAUUAUUUGAUAUAGGGAAAGGAACAGACAUACUGAAAUUAUUUAAUGAUAAAGGGAAAGCAACGGACAAGCAGAAACUAUUUGAAGAUGCAAGCACAGACUCGAAACCAAGAGCUAGAACAACUGAAGAAAUUAAAGCUAAAUACAGAAAGACGGGGACGGGGGUAAAUCGCAGUUCUGAAAACCCUGUAAUUUACGCAUUUUACUCACAUGUCUUGACUUUUCACUGGUUUCAGGAUGCCUCCGCAGCAGCUGCACUUGCAAGGGAUAAACUUCUAGAGCGGCAACAAAAGCUCCAGUUGCUCAACGAACACACUGAGGAAUUGCAAAAUGGAGCGCAAGACUUUGCAUCCAUGGCAACUGAACUUGCUAAAAGAAUGGAAAAUCGUAAAUGGUGGCAGUUAUGAUUGUUUGUAUGACUUAUUGAUUUCGUCAAUACGUACGUUUUGCAUACUUUUUUUGUAAACUCAAUUGUUAUUAUUAUUAUCAUCAUUUUUAAUAAAAAAAUUAAUUAUAAUAAA